AUGAGAGAAGAAAACCAGUCUUCUACCACAUAUUUCAUCCUGCAGGGAAUUACCAGGCAGCAAGAACAGGAAGAUUUGUUUUUCAUCCUUUUCCUGUUCAUUUACUCCAUCACAUUGAUUGGAAACAUGCUCAUCAUCCUAGCCAUUCUCUCUGACAUUCAUCUUCAUAAUCCCAUGUACUUUUUCCUUGCCAACCUCUCUCUUGUUGACAUCUUCUUCUCAUCUGUAACCAUCCCAAAGUCACUGAUGAACCAUCUCCUGGGUAGUAGAGACAUUUCCUUUCUUGGAUGCCUGACACAGAUGUAUUUCAUGAUAGCCUUUUCUAACACAGAUAGCUAUAUAUUGGCUGCAAUGGCAAUUGAUCGAGCUGUGGCCAUCAGUAGCCCACUUCAUUAUGCAACAAUUAUGAGCCCCCGGCUCUGUAUCCUGCUUGUUGUUGGGUCUUGGGUGGUUGGAAACACCAAUUCAUUUCCUCAUACUCUACUCACAGCUCAUCUUUCCUUCUGUGGCAGCAAGGAAGUGGCCAGCUUCUACUGUGACCUUGCCCUUCUGCUCAAGCUCUCCUGUUCUGACAUCUACUUUAAUGUGAAGAUAAUGUUUCUAGGGCUUGUUGUUUUCUCUCUGCCAUUCCUUUGCAUAAUUAUCUCCUAUGUUCAAGUCUUCUCCACAGUCUUACGAGUUCCAUCCAUGAAGGGCACACUCAAAGCCUUCUCCACCUGUGGUUCUCACCUGACAGUGGUUUCUUUGUAUUAUGGGACAGUUAUGGGCAUGUAUUUCCGACCUCUGAGCAGUUACAAUCUAAAGGAUGCAGUGAUAACUGUGAUGUACACAGCAGUGACCCCAAUGUUAAAUCCUUUCAUCUACAGUCUGAGAAACCGGGACAUGAAGGCUGAACCUCUGUGA